AUGAGCUGGCACAAGGAAAAGAACGACCAGAACCCCGGAAGGGAGAAGGAAAGACGCCGUGUUGGUAGAAAACGUCCUCCUGAGAGAGAUGAUGUGCAGGAAUCUCCUGAGGUGACUAACCAACAUAAAGCUCUUCCUCACCCCCCUCCUCUUCCUCCUCCUGUUACUGUUGAUGCUGAUUCUUCUUGUGGUGUGGAGACAUACACUUGCGAUGGUAAGGACUCUGCACGUGGUGUACGAGCGAAAGAUGCUCAGGCUUCUCAGCUGCUGAUGUCUGAUCCGAUAUACCGAAUCAUGCACGCUUUGCCACGGUCGGAUGUCCUUGAAGUUGUGAAGUGUCAAUUCAGUUCAAAGGAGUGUGAACGAGCUGCGACAUACUUUGAUAGUUCUUUCAUGAAGAAGCCUUUACGACAUCUUCGUCUACAGAUAGGAUGUGAUCGUGCGACUGGACUACACCUCUUUUUCCCGAGGUUGCACCACCACCGAGGCACACUGCGCCUUCUUGACUUGUCUCGUAACGAUCUAGACGAAGACGACGUGGCGACACUGACACAGCUACUAGAUCUGCGCAGUAACACUCCGUCGGGUGGGGCAGCAUCAUCUCUUGAGGUGUUGGACUUGAGUUACAAUCGCCGAGUCGGCAAUCGUGGGGCUUUGUUUCUUCUUCAUUCCCUGCGUUGCAACAACACAAUUCGUGCCGUGAUUCUCAAGGGCAUCUCGUUAGAUGACAGUGGUGCGAUUGAUAUCGCGCCGUUGCUGUGCCAACGUCCUCGGCCACGUGUGCCGGAUGACAGGGAAAGUGUCACUUUCCAGGAGACCACGUCGCGUCGGCUCCCGACGUUUUUUUUGAACCUGAAUGAGAAUCGUAUCGGUGCCGCAGGAACAGUCGCGCUUGGGAAAGGAAUCCCCGUGCACGUGUCCCUCACAUUGUGCAAGCAACGUCCUAUGUGCGAUGCGAAGAGGCCCACCACGUAG